UCGCCGGCUCCUGCCCUUUUCAGUCUGCGCCGACGCGGCUGCCGGAUCCCGGGGACUCCCCGCGCCGGGAAUCUCCCGCCAGCUGCGCGCUGAGUCCAGGCGACGGCAGGAGCACGUGGAGAGGCCGGGUAGCCACAGCAGCAGCUCCAGCCCGGCCCGGCAGCGACAUGGAAGAUAUACAAACAAAUGCGGAACUGAAAAGCACUCAGGAGCAGUCUGUGCCCGCAGAAAGUGCAGCGGUUUUGAAUGACUACAGUUUAACCAAAUCUCAUGAAAUGGAAAAUGUGGACAGUGGAGAAGGCCCAGCCAAUGAAGAUGAAGACAUAGGAGAUGAUUCAAUGAAAGUGAAAGAUGAAUACAGUGAAAGAGAUGAGAAUGUUUUAAAGUCAGAGCCCAUGGGAAAUGCAGAAGAGCCUGAAAUCCCUUACAGCUAUUCAAGAGAAUAUAAUGAAUAUGAAAACAUUAAGUUGGAGAGACAUGUUGUCUCAUUCGAUAGUAGCAGGCCAACCAGUGGAAAGAUGAACUGCGAUGUGUGUGGAUUAUCCUGCAUCAGCUUCAAUGUCUUAAUGGUUCAUAAGCGAAGCCAUACUGGUGAACGCCCAUUCCAGUGUAAUCAGUGUGGGGCAUCUUUUACUCAGAAAGGUAACCUCCUCCGCCACAUUAAACUGCACACAGGGGAAAAACCUUUUAAGUGUCACCUCUGCAACUAUGCAUGCCAAAGAAGAGAUGCGCUCACGGGGCAUCUUAGGACACAUUCUGUGGAGAAACCCUACAAAUGUGAGUUUUGUGGAAGGAGUUACAAGCAGAGAAGUUCCCUUGAGGAGCACAAGGAGCGCUGCCGUACAUUUCUUCAGAGCACUGACCCAGGGGACACUGCAAGUGCGGAGGCAAGACACAUCAAAGCAGAGAUGGGAAGUGAAAGAGCUCUCGUACUGGACAGAUUAGCAAGCAAUGUGGCAAAACGAAAAAGCUCAAUGCCUCAGAAAUUCAUUGGUGAGAAGCGCCACUGCUUUGAUGUCAACUAUAAUUCAAGUUACAUGUAUGAGAAAGAGAGUGAGCUCAUACAGACCCGCAUGAUGGACCAAGCCAUCAAUAACGCCAUCAGCUAUCUUGGCGCCGAAGCCCUGCGCCCCUUGGUCCAGACACCGCCUGCUCCCACCUCGGAGAUGGUUCCAGUUAUCAGCAGCAUGUAUCCCAUAGCCCUCACCCGGGCUGAGAUGUCAAACGGUGCCCCUCAAGAGCUGGAAAAGAAAAGCAUCCACCUUCCAGAUAAGAGCGUGCCUUCUGAGAGAGGCCUCUCUCCCAACAAUAGUGGCCACGACUCCACGGACACUGACAGCAACCAUGAAGAACGCCAGAAUCACAUCUAUCAGCAAAAUCACAUGGUCCUGCCUCGGGCCCGCAAUGGGAUGCCACUUCUGAAGGAGGUUCCCCGCUCUUACGAACUCUUCAAGCCCCCGCCCAUCUGCCCAAGAGACUCCGUCAAAGUGAUCAACAAGGAAGGGGAGGUGAUGGAUGUGUAUCGGUGUGACCACUGCCGCAUCCUCUUCCUGGACUAUGUGAUGUUCACGAUUCACAUGGGCUGCCACGGCUUCCGUGACCCUUUCGAGUGUAACAUGUGUGGAUAUCGAAGCCAUGAUCGGUAUGAGUUCUCGUCUCACAUAGCCAGAGGAGAACACAGAGCCCUGCUGAAGUGAAUAUCUGGUCUCAGGGAUUGCUCCUACGUAUUCAGCAUCGUUUCUAAAAACCAAUGACCUCGCCUAACAGAUUGCUCUCAAAACAUACUCAGUUCCAAACUUCUUUUCAUACCAUUUUUAGCUGUGUUCACAGGGGUAGCCAGAGAAACACUGUCUUCCUUCAGAAAUUAUUCGCAGGUCUAGCAUAUUAUUACUUUUGUGAAACCUUUGUUUUCCCAUCAGGGACUUGAAUUUUAUGGAAUUUAAAAGCCAAAAAGGUAUUUGGUCAUUAUCUUCUACAGCAGUGGAAUGAGUGGUCCCGGAGAUGUGCUAUAUGAAACAUUCUUUCUGAGAUAUAUCAACCACACGUGGAAAAGCCUUUCAGUCAUACGUGCAAAUCCACAAAGAGGAAGAGCUGACCAGCUGACCUUGCUGGGAAGCCUCACCCUUCUGCCCUUCACAGGCUGAAGGGUUAAGAUCUAAUCUCCCUAAUCUAAAUGACAGUCUAAGAGUAAGUAAAAGAACAGCCAUAAAAUAAAUAUCUGUUACGAGUAACUGAAGACCCCAUUCUCCAAGCAUCAGAUCCAUUUCCUAUCACAACAUUUUUUUAAAAUGUCAUCUGAUGGCACUUCUGCUUCUGUCCUUUACCUUCCCAUCUCCAGUGAAAAGCUGAGCUGCUUUGGGCUAAACCAGUUGUCUAUAGAAGAAAAUCUAUGCCAGAAGAACUCAUGGUUUUAAAUAUAGACCAUCAUCGACACUCCAGAAAUUUGUCCACUGUGGAUGAUGACAUCGCUUUCCUUUGGUCAAGGUUGGCAGAGCAAGGGUAUAAAGGGGGAAAUUGUUUGGCAGCACCAACAGAAAACAAACAAACAAACAAAAAACAGCUACCUAAAACUUCUUGAAAGAGUUCAUGGAGAAUUGGUGAUACAGACCCAAAGCAAAUUUGCCAAUGAUUUUUUUCCACAAAAAAAGUCCAAAAAGUAUGGCUCAGCCUCCCCCUCCCCACAGGAGAGGAACUGGAGAUAGAUGGCAUGUGUGUUUAGAUCGGAGUUGAGCUCCGGAAUGGGGUGAGGAGGGACACCUCUAUUGAGAGGUUCUCCUUGAUCAGGCAGGCUUCGGCCCUUUUUUUCCCAUUUAAAUGGAACUGCUGUAUUCCAUGAAAAUUCCUGAAAGUCUGAUCACGGUUCUGCAGAUGUAUAAGUCAUCCUUGUCACUCAUAAUGUGUACAUACUAUCAGGAGGAGUGCUGUUAUCAUGGUAAAAUUAGCACUGGAAUAGGAGGUCACAAAAUGCUUGCUAAUUAGCUGUGUGACUUUGAGUAAAUCGUUUAACUUUUUUUUUUUUUUUUUUUGAGACAGGAUCUCACUCUGUUGCCCAGGCUGGAGUGCAGUGGUAGAAUCAUGGCUCAGUGCAGCCUCGACCUCCCCAGGCUCAGGUGAUCCUCCCACCUCAGCCUCUUGAGUACUGGGACAACAAGUGCACACCACCAUGUCUGGCUAAAUUUUGUUCUUUUUGUAGAGAUAGGGGUCUCACUAUGUUGCCCAUGCUGGUCUUGAACUCCUGGGCUCAAGCCAUCAGCCCGCCUCAGCCUCCUAAAGUGCUGGGAUUACAGGUGUGAGCCACCACACCCAGCCUUAUUUAACUCUUAAAACUCAGUUUCCAGCCAGGCUCGGUAGCUCACACCUGUAAUCCCAACACUUUGGGAAGCCGAGGCAGGCGCAUCAUUUGAGGUCAGGAGUUCGGGACCAGCCUGACCCACAUGGUGAAACCCUGUCUCUACUAAAAAUACAAAAAUUAGCUGGGCAGUAGUGGCACACGCCUGUAAUCCCAGCUACUCCGGAGGCUGAGGCAGAAAAAUCGCUUAAGCCUGGGAGGUUGAGGUUACGGUGAGUGGAGAUCGCACUACUGCACUCCAGUCUGGGCGACAGAGUGAGACCCUGUCUCAAACAAAACAAAACAAAAACAAACAAACAAAACCAAAAAAAACUCAGUUUCCUCAUCCAUAAAAUAGGAAUUAGAUUUCAAUGUUCUCUUAGGUCCCUUCUAGCUUUAACUCGUAUGUGAUUAUGCAGUAACCACAAGGUAUUUUUUAAACCUCCUAAUGUAUGGAUAUUAAGCAGAAGAGUAUUUAUAUGAAUACAUGUUUCACAUUCCUUUGGUAUGAAAAUGGUGUGUUAAGUUUUUCCUUUAACCACUGAGUUGUGAAUGUGAAGAAGGUGGUGGAGAGGAACAAAAAACAGAAAGGUAUUUUGAUCUUGCCACAAAGCAUACACACACAUUGGCACAUGCAGCUGUUUGCCAAAGCCUUCUUUUUUUUUUUUCCUUUUUAAGAAAUUAUGUUAGGGAAAAUAAAUUCUGCUUCCAGGGACAACUUCAUGGAGCCUAUUUACAAAUUAAGAGUCAGCUUUGUGAACAUUUCUACCAGAGCCAAGAAUCCCAAAUUCCUGGUAGAUUAGUGUUUUAUUUCUAAGGGGCUUAUGCAUUCGGCUCCAACUCAACUCGUCUAUGUGCUGCCAGUAAUUAAAAUGUUCCACCUCAGACUGCACAAAUGGCUUAUCCUUCUUUGUGGCAUGGCGUCUGUCUCAGGAAAAAAGGUUUUAUGAAAUUCCAUGGCAACAGUCCCAACAUGUUUGAGACUUCAGCUAAAGGAAUGGAUGUAUUUUGGUGUGUAGUCUUCAGUAUAUCACUGUAUUUCCGUAAUACUAGACUCCAAGCUAUGCCAGAUUGCUUAUUCCCUUUGUGAAAGAGGAGUUGCUCAUUACUUUCUUGAAAUAUCACACAUCCUGUUGGUUCUUCAAGGGACAAGAGAAAGAGAAUUUGGAAGCAGGGAUUAGUAGAAGAGAAAACGAGGGAAAGGAAGCCUUUCCACCAGAUUAGUGUUCAAGUCUUUGCAGAGGAGACCAACUUUUUUUGUUUUCUUUUGUUUUGAGACAGUCUCUCGCUCUGUUGCCCAGGCUGGAGUGCAGUGGCGCGAUCUCGGCUCACGGCAACCUCUG